GAUUAUAACGUAAAGUCAUGAUAAAAGUUUAUAACAAUGGUAGACGAUACAGUCAGAGACAAUGUCCAAACAACAGGUCUUCGUGAAAGAUCACUGUGUUUAUCGUCUGUAGUUCUAAUUUUUGUUAUCAUCAAUACUGUUGUUUUCCUAGCUUUAAUAAUUUACCAAUUCCCUCAACUUGGUGACGUAGAGAGAAAACUUCUCGACAAACGUCGCAAUAUAGAGGCAUUGAGAGGAUCAUGUCGGAAUAACGAAUUCUCAAAACAGAUAACAUUUCCUCAACCAACUGACAAAUUACAAGACUUUAAUCACAAAUACACGGGACUAAGUAGAAAAACACGCCAAACAGUUUCCAUCGCAGCCUUUGUUCAGGACAGUGUGCAUGCACAGGAACAGGUCCUGUUGCAGCGCUGUUCCAGAAAUACAAUGAUAUGUAUCAAAGGUCAAAAAGGGGAACUGGGACUUAGAGGACGAAAAGGGAAUACGGGUACAACUGGAACUAAAGGGAGAGCAGGAUAUAAGGGUGACGAUGGAGUGGGUGGAACACCAGGAGAAAAAGGAAAGCAAGGAAUUAUUGGAGAAAAGGGCGUGUUGGGGCCACGGAAUAUGAAUGGGGUAAAAGGAAACACCGGUGUUGCUGGGACGAAAGGAGUUGCGGCGGGAAAAACCGGACGAAAAGGAGAAACCGGGAUAGAUAGUGUGAGAGGGUUUUCCGGUGAGAAAGGUCAAACAGGACCCAAAGGAAGACAGGGAAGUAAGGGAGUCAAAGGUGUAAAAGGUGACCUUGGUCUGGCAGGUGAGAAGGGUGUGAAUGGAACCACUGGUGAUAUCGGGUCAAGUAGGAAUGAAACAACCUGCGAAUGUAUAGAUAAACCAAUUUUUCACGAAAACAAUACAUCCAUGCGAGUGCACUACGGUGAUAAUAUAACAUUAGAUUGUUCCACUACAACACGUCCAGAAGCAACAAUUACAUGGACGAAAACUGACAGCAACGGAUGUUUCGCAAAUUUUUCAAAAACCUCCGGAUAUAAAAUAGAUUUAGACACGAUUCAACCUGUUGAUGUGGGGACAUAUCGAUGUGUUGCUGGGAAUGUCGUUGGGAAUUCUGCUAAAACUAUAACCCUUACAACUUCAGAUAAUUCUGACGUCAUUUCCUGUGACUUUGAAUCUGGUUUCUGUGAUUGGUCCCAAAGUAAAUCAGAUGACACGGAUUUUCACAGGAGCAGAGGACACCGCAGGACACCAACAUUUGACCAUACACCAGGAAAAGGGGGAAAAGGCUACUAUGUAAAUAUAGACAGCACUUCAAUGACCACUGGUCAAAUUGGACGACUAGAAUCAUUCUUUGUACCGACUAAAGAGAGACACUGCCUUACGUUCUGGUACUAUAUUGAUGGAGCUUCGAGUGCUGUCCUCAGAGUCAAAACAAGGUCCUGCAGUAUGGACGAGACUACGCUUCUGAAUCUGAGAAGGUCGGGCACAGGAUGGAUGCAAGCUAGGGUCAACAUACCAAUGGAUGUUCAUGGACGAAAAAUCGUUUUUGAGGCAGAACGCGGAAAUUCUACCUCCGACGUCGCCAUUGAUGACGUCUCUUUUCACAAUAAGGAGUGUUCUCCAGCGGACAAAAAGCCAGAAAUUUUGAACAAAAACCAAACAAUUAUCGCGAGAAAGGGAGAAAGGGUUGUGUUGUUAUGCAAUGCCACUGGAAUUCCCUUUCCUAACAUCACAUGGGUGAAAGAAAGUGCCUGCUCUGGGUUCGGAAGAAAUGUACAACCCCUGGUGAUAUCUAAUGUGACACAAAAUGAAGCCGGGACAUACAAAUGUAUCGCCACCAACCAUCUUGGACGUGAUGAGACGCAUAUAAAGCUGGUUGUAAAUGAGACUCACACGUGCACAUUCGACACGACGAAAGAAUUAUGUGAUUGGCAAAAUGUUGCAGCUGUAGACCAGCGGGAUUGGAUGAGACAGAGGGGCACUACACCCUCCAGUAAUACGGGGCCUUCCAGUGACCAUAGCCUUGGCAGCAAUGCCGGUUAUUAUAUGUACCUAGAAUCAUCGACUCCUACUAAUGUAAACGACACUGCGGUGCUUCAGUACAAAACACUUCCUACAGGGCAACCAUUUUGCUUAAAAUUUUGGUAUCAUAUGUAUGGUUCUACUAUGGGAUCCCUUCGAGUAUUAGCAAAAGACUGUGUGACGAAGUCCAGAAGGGAGUUGUGGAAAAUGACUGGAGACAAAGGAAAUGCAUGGAAAGAGGCAUGUCUUACCGUUGAGCAACAUGGUCACGACUAUUAUCUUCAAUUCGAGGCUAUGCGUGGUUCGGGUUACCAUUCAGAUAUCGGGAUCGAUGACAUUGUAGUCAGAACCGGAUCAUGUUUUUGUCGACAAUUAGUUAAUAUUCAUUGCGACUUUGCGAAGGACAUGUGCGAAGGUCAGGGAUUUGCUGCCCAAUAUACCUCAGAAUAUGUUUUGCGAUGGAUUCGAAAAUCAGGAACAACGCCAUCCGUGGACACCGGACCGGACAGUGAUCAUACCACAGGUAGCGGCUAUUAUAUUUUCGUUGAGACAUCUGGAGGUACCUCUGACACGAAAGGUUCAUUUCAAUCACCCGAGUUACCUAUCGGCCAAGAAGCGUGCUUGAACUUCUGGUACAGUAUGUAUGGAGCAGAUAUGGGAGCUCUUGAUGUAAUUGUUGAGCCGAUGGGUGGUAGUGAUUUCAACAUAUUUCAUGAAUCUGGAGAUCAUGGAAAUCGGUGGUUGGAAGCAAAAUUAACGAUUCCAAAACAAACUCAUCCAUACAAAAUCGACUUCCAAGCAACAAGAGGAGCCAGUUUUCAUGGUGAUGUUUCGCUAGAUGAUAUUUCUAUCAAAGACGGUCCUUGCAGCUAAUGUUAAAGGCUUAGACAUAUACUGUUAUUCGUUUAUAAUAAAACGUUGACUGUCCUUUGAAAAA